UUCUUCGUCGUGGUGUAUCAACAACACACGUUGAAAAUUCAUCAUCGCGUAGGAAGCCUGCGCUCGUGUUUUGGACGCGGGAUUAGGCGGUGGGAGUGCGCCGGACUCGAAGUGCCCAACUUGCCUCGAAUGACCGAAAUCGACCAAGCAGCUACUGUGACUGUUGUCGCUUGUGCUCUUUUCGUGUCUUUCGACGACGACAAAAAUUGCAUCUGUACACCGCCCUGAUUGCCUCUAUAUCACUGCUGCUUAAGUAGCCGAUAUCGCUGCUGAUCGAUAAACGUACUCUGUUAAGUGAAAGUUGAAUCUGUCGCUCAUAAUCUGCGAUCACAAUGGCAAAGAAGACCUACGACCUGCUGUUCAAACUCUUACUCAUCGGAGAUUCCGGGGUUGGCAAGACGUGCAUCCUCUUCCGAUUUUCCGACGAUGCCUUCCAUACGACGUUUAUUUCGACGAUCGGUAUCGAUUUCAAGAUAAAAACCAUUGAGCUUCAUGGGAAGAAGAUCAAAUUGCAAAUAUGGGACACCGCGGGUCAAGAACGUUUCCACACGAUCACGACCUCAUACUAUCGCGGAGCCAUGGGAAUCAUGCUCGUCUACGACAUAACGAACCAGAGGAGUUUCGAGAAUAUCGCAAAAUGGUUAAGGUACAUCGACGAACAUGCGAACGAAGACGUCGAAAAGAUGAUCUUAGGGAACAAGUGCGACAUGGAAUUGAAGCGAGUCAUAUCUAAGGAUAAGGGCGAAGCAAUCGCACGAGAUCACAAUAUAAGUUUCCUCGAGACCUCCGCUAAGGCCAACAUCAACAUUGAAGAAGCUUUCACGCAGCUUGCGGAAGCGAUCCUCCAAAAACAGACUUCGGGAAGAGCGGUAGACGCGGCAACCUCGGGCGGUAUCAACGUCGGACCAAGAGAGAGACCUGCGCUUGGAGCGAAUUGCUGUCAUUGAGUGGAGCAAGCCGCUGUGAUUCAAGCACUGUCUUUGAGUGUACAAAAAAAUAUUAUACUAACAGAGUUCAACCAAUUGAUACAAACUUCACGAGGCAAAAACUGAGCACCGGUGAGGUGCCUAACGAGGAGAACUAGACAGACGAUCGGUGAGAAUGAAGCAGAUGUUAAUAAAUAUGAUGGGGCGAAGCCCACUCCAUAUUGAACCAUCCAAA